CGUUGGCUCCUCAAGUCGCCACCUCUCUCGCCUACCACCGACCCUUGCUUCUCUCUCGCUCUCUUUUACUUGCUUGUUCGAUUCUUUCGUUACUGACCCCCCCCCCCCCUUCCCCCACCUCCGUUUAGCCUGCGUCAUGCAUCUAAGCCCACCCUUCGUUGUUUGUUUUUGGCAUAUGUGAGAAUCUGUUACAACCCAGCUGCUGGAAUGCGAAACAGCAGCCGCGUAUUGCACAAGUCUUGGGCUGAUUGUUUCAGUUCGUCUGGACUUUUUCCUGCAGCCGGUCGUGCUUGUGGUCUGUUAGAGGGUGUUGCGCGGGUGGUUUCGAGAUUUGCAGAAACAUGGGAUGCAUUUUUUCCACUGAAGCUGUAGAUGAUGGGGGUGUCUUAGGAAUCCCCGUCCAGGCGAGUGAAGUGUAUGUGUUUGUGCCGGGCUUAAGGAAUCCUAAACAUAUUGAUUUAACAGAGCUCUUGAAGGGAUAUGUGUCUGCGGGGUUGGCAGCGAAGCUGCAAUCUCUUCGAUCACAAAUUAUCUCUAUCGCUUGCAAAAGCGGGCCUGCGGUCAAAAUAAGACGAAGAAAAUCUCUUGACGGUAGUUCUGUUGAGGUAGAUUUGGAAACAGCACUGAAUUCUUAUUUACCCGUAUUGGUGGGCCUGGUCACAGGAGGUGACAAAUUUGGGUCCGAUAUUGAAUAUCCCUGGACAAAUGUAGAAGAUGAACAUAAGGAAACUGCACUUGCAAGUGGGUAUUAUGAGUUGCUAUCGGUGCUGCAUCUAUUAGGGAUGCUGGCUUUACAAGAAGCUAAUUUAUGUUUAACACCAAGACCUUCGGCAGAUGGGUUCAAUCCCAAAGCAUCUGAAGGCAUGUGCUUUGCUUUGCACCCAGUCUUUACUUUUGGGCGGUAUAUAUCUGCGAGUCUUUCUUGGUACAGUUUAACUGAUGAAGACAAAAGAGAUGCCAUUGAUAUAUUAUUGAAGGCCGCAUCAUAUUUUGAGUGUGCCUUAAGUCGUGUGUUGCCCAACAUCUCAGAGCAUAUAAAAGAAAAGCUUCCUGCCGAACUAACAGAGGCGAUGUUGAAAUCACUGGAAAAGCAAGCUUUAGGCCAGGCUGUGGAGUUGCAGCUAGGGUUUGCGAUUAGCAAUGUGAAGGCUUCACUAGCAGUUAAGCGAAGACUAGCCUGUGAGCAAGUCGAAGUAUGGGAACAGGCAAUGGAGAACCUGGUUCGUGUGCCCUUGGCAGAAGCAUUGAGGGACAAACACAUAUUGUUUGUGAAAUGGAAACUUGCGGACGCGAAGGCCGCAGCGUACUAUUUUCAUGGGCUCAUUCUAGACGAAGGAUACGAAGCCAAUGCACAUGCUGAAGCAUUGUCGUGCCUUAAAGCUGCAUACGCUCACUUGAAAGAAAGUCAAAAAGUUCGAACCGAGUUCAGCAACAUGGAACCUUUUACAAAAGUUCCACCAGUGUGGGGCCCGAUGAAGUACCUCGCCGAGAGAAUACCGAGGGAAACAAUGAGCAAAGGACGUAUCUUCAAAGAUAAUUACUCCAAAGAGAAGUUUCCAGCCUCUACACCCAAAUUGCCCGAGUUUCCGAUUGCUUUGGAAGCAGACCCAUUCAAUUUACCCCCUGUUGAUCCAGCCUGGAAGAGGGAGCGUGGUUUUGAAGGAAGAACUUCUCAAAAUCGAGAUCUCCCAUCUUUUCUUGCUACGAAGAAGAGUCUAUCGAAGACUCAACUCCCAGUUUCCGACUUGAGAAGGGCAGGACCUAUGGAUCCGGCGCUGGUAGUCUCAGAGAUGGUACAAGCCAGAUAAUAAGUUAGAGCAGUGUAAUAUUCUUCAAUGUUGUUUCCGUUUCUGCAGCUUUGUUACCAUAUUUUCUUUUUCUUUUCAAUAGGAUUUUAGUUCUCACAAAUAACAUGCUUAAGAGAGGGAGAAAAGAAGAGAGAGUUGUCAACAGCUUAAGCUUUCGCAUGCAUUAGGUAAAGUUGUAAAAAACAUUUCAGCUGUAGGUAUGCUGCACAUCUAUAUUUUUGAUGAGGUUAGGCAGGUUCGUAUGCCGUUGUAUGUUGAUAGCUGUGUGCAGAGUUUGCAGGUAGAAUUUAGUUAAAAUUUGUCCAUCUGUUUCUCAUCACAAGGUUGAUGGCUGAACUUUUUGGAAGGUGUGCAGUUGGGGUUAGAUUUUUCAUAACUAUAGACUUCACGUUUCUCUCGGAGAUUUCUUUGUGUUUCAGGUAUCUACAAGUUCUUUGUGUCUUCCAAGUGUUGCCUGCGAUAUCGCAAUGCUACGAAGGUUCUUUUUAUCUGGGCAGAGAGCGAUUUUGAUAAGUUUCUUAUUGUUAAGAGUGUACUGGAUAGGGUUGUGCUUGGAUUGAUAGACACAAACGCACUAAUCUGUCUAAGUUUUCCAUUAACCAGUUUUGCAUGAUUUUGGAAACCUACUACUAGUCAUUCCCCUUUCUGAUACUUCUUUUUUAGUUUUUUAUUUAUUUUUAUUUAUUCCUCCUUCUGUAACUUCUACAUUCAUUUAUAAAUGCAUAAAAAUGUAAA